GGCGCGCGGGGCGGGGGCGGGGGGCUGCGCGGGGCGGGGCGGGGCGGCCCAGCUCUCGGGCCCCCUCCCCCGCCCCCCUGACGUCAGCCCCCGGCAGCGGCGCUGCUCACUUGGCUCUGGCUCUCCGGCCGGGAAGCAUGGGACUUCCCGGGCUUGUCUGCUCCUUGCUGCUCGCCGCUGCCUGCUGCUGUCACCGUGUCGCGGGUGUGCCAGGAGAGGCCGAGCAGCCUGCACCCGAGCUGGUGGAAGUGGAAGUAGGGGGCAAGGCCUUCCUCAAGUGCGGUCCCUCACACUCCCAAGGCAACUUCAGCCACGCUGAUUGGUUUUUUAUCCACAAAGAGAAGUCAACGCUCAUCUUUCGGGUGCGCCAGGGCCAGGGCCAGAGUGAGCCUGGAGAGUACCAGCAGCGGCUCAGCCUCCAGGACCGGGGCGCGACUCUGGUGCUGACGCAUGUCACCCCCCACGAUGAACGCAUCUUCCUGUGCCAGGGCAAGCGUCCGCAGUCCCAACACCGCCUGCAACUGCGUGUCUACAAAGCCCCAGAGGAGCCCACCAUCCAGGUGAAUGUUCUGGGUAUCUCAGUGGACAACGAGGAGCCUGAAGAGGUGGCAACCUGUGUGGGGAAGGAUGGGUACCCUAUCCCACAAGUCACCUGGUACAAGAACAGUCGGCCUCUGCAGGAGGAGAAGAACAAGGUGCACAUCCAGUCUUCACAGACAGUGGAAUCGAGCGGUCUCUACACCCUGAAGAGUGUCCUGAAGGCACGGCUGCUGAAGGAAGACAGAGAUGCCCGCUUCUACUGUGAGCUCAGCUACCGGCUGCCCAGUGGGAACCACAUGAAGGAGUCCCGGGAAGUCACUGUGCCCGUGUUCUAUCCAGCCGAGAAGGUAUGGCUGGAAGUGGAGCCCACAGGUGCGCUCAAGGAAGGAGACCGUGUGGAGAUCCAGUGUCUGUCAGAUGGCAACCCCCAGCCCCACUUCAGCAUUAGCAAAGAGAACCCCAGCACCAAGCAGAUGGAGGAGGAGGUGACUACCGACAAUGGGUUCCUGCUCUUGGAGGCGGCCAGAAAGGAGCACAGUGGAGUAUACGAAUGCCAGGGCCUGGACUUGGAGACCAUGAUCUCGCUGUCAAGUGAACCCUACACGCUGCUGGUGAACUAUGUGUCUGAUGUCCAAGUGAGUCCUGAGAUGCCUGAGAGCCAAGAGGGUGGCAGCCUUACACUGAGCUGCGAGGCAGAGAGCAACCAGGCCCUGGAGUUUCAGUGGCUGAGGGAGAAGACAGGGCAGGAGCUGGGCAGGGGGCCUACGCUGCAAUUAUCCAACCUGAGACGGGAGGCAGGGGGCGGCUACCGCUGUAUGGCAUCUGUCCCCAGCAUCCCCGGCCUGAAUCGUUCACGCCUGGUCAAUGUGGCUGUUUUCGGGCCCCCGUGGAUGGCAUCGAAGGAGAGGAAGGUGUGGGUGAAAGAGAAUGAGACAGUCAACCUGACUUGCGAGGCAUCAGGCCACCCACAGCCCAGAGUCUCCUGGAACGUUAGCGGCAUGGAGAGUGAGCAAGAUCAAGAUCCACAGAGUGUUCUGAGCACCUUGAGUGUCCUCGUGACCCCAGAGCUGCUGGCCACGGGCAUCGUGCAGUGCACAGCCUCCAACCGUCUGGGCAGCAACUCCACAACCAUUCUCCUGGAGCUGGUCAGUUUAACCACCCUCACACCCGAGCCCACCAAAACCACUGGCCUCAGCACCUCCAACACUGUCAGCCCUCAUGCCCGAGCCAACGGCACCUCCACAGAGAAGAAGCUGCCGGAGCCUGAGAGCCAGGGCGUGGUCAUUGUGGCGGUGAUUGUCUGCAUCCUGGUCCUGGCUGUGCUGGGAGCCGUCCUCUACUUCUUGUACAAGAAGGGCAAGAUGCCCUGCGGGCGGUCAGGCAAGCAGGAGAUCACGCUGCCCCCAACUCGUAAGAAUGAAUUUGUAGUUGAAGUUAAGUCAGAUAAACUCCCCGAAGAGAUGGGCCUCUUGCAGGGCGGCAACGGUGACAAGAGGGCUCCAGGAGACCAGGGAGAGAAAUACAUCGAUCUGAGGCAUUAGCUGCCAAGGCACCGGUGGCUCCCUGCCCUGCUGGAACGUUUCCAGCUCCCUGCUCACUCUUCUCCAGGUGGAAGAUAGCAAAGACCCCCUGCUCCCAGCUCACCCACAGACCCCAUCUCCAAGAGCCAUGGGCUAGGGCGUGGCCCCAGAGGCAUUUCCCUCAAGGAACCAGGUGGUUACCAUCUCCAUUUGCCCAUCUUGGACGUGCUGUUCUCUGGACACACAACCUAUCCUGGAAUACCGGUCUUCCACCAGCAGCCAGGCUGACGGCCCCUCAUUGGUUUCCUGCCCUGAAACUGAUGAGCAUUUCUCAGCACAGACCUGCAGCCCGCUGCUGGCUGUGUUGGCCACACUGGCACUGCAGAGGGCCCCAGCAGUGUCCAGAAGCAGCUGCAGUGCAGCCACGGCCACCUGCCUACCUGUGUCUCCAGGGUCUCGUGAUGUUAUGGGCAGGGCCAGGGGUUGGCUUCUUUUCUGUAGUGAGAAAGCUAGGCUUUGUUUCCAGGUGCAUUUGGCUGCCAGUGCCCUCCCAGGAUCCCAGAAGGCUGAGUGAUGGGAGGCAGGAGAUGCAGUAGGGGUUAGGGCGCUGGUAUUAUUAGCACCAGACUUCUGCCAGCUGAUGUAACAGGCUGGGCAAGGAGGAGGGCCCAUGUGGGAGAAUGGUACUUAGGGAUGGGAGCUGGGGCCUGGUCGGAGCUUUCAGGGGUGUGUGUGGGUAUGCACAUGUGUGCGCACAUGUGGAAUGUGUGUGUGUGUAUGCAUAUAUAUGUAUAUAUAUAUGGUGUUGUCAGGUUGUGUGUAAAUUUGCUAUUUGUUUCCUUUUUAUAUUACAUAUAUAUAUAUAUGAGGAAAUAAAGCUUAAUGACCCUAA